AACCCAGAGAUCGCGAACAUCUUUUUCCGGAUCAUGUGAUUCAUAUCCAUUCAUCCCGUGAGAUCACCGACUCACUGACACCGUAGUCAACAACACAUCGAGUCAUCAACUAUUAUUUCUCGCCACACUCAUGGUCUUACUUCAUGGUUCCUAAAACAAUGAACUCGCCAUUCUUCUAACUAGAGGAGAGCCAUGUGCCCACUUCAUUCGAAAAUGUUUGUGUGUCACCCCCUAACAGUUCCUCUUUGCCUCCCUCUCGUCGGUGGUGUUGUCGUUGUUGUACUUUCUCGAAUUACAUAGGUCGUGUUUAUCUUCUAGGAAGACCAGAAUCCAUAUCGCCAUUGUCUGGUUUCAGUUCUGAAAUAGAGACCCAUCUGGUCAUUUCAGUUGUAGAAACAGGUGAGUUAGUGGGAGUGCUUUUGGUGGAGGCUAGAGAUGAAUGGGCAAGAAGAAGGACAGACUGGGUUCGAAAUUGCGGUGGCGAUUCCGAAGAGGACUGUGAAGGAGCAAGAUGCAAGUUGUGAUUGCAUUGAGCUUUUGGUUUCUGAACUGAGGAAGAUGGGAUUGAUAGUUGAGUUCGUAGUUGGUCUUGCAGAUGAGUUCAUUAAGUUGGCAGCACCUUUGGAGAUUUUGGGGAAAGCUGCAGCUGAUUUGGAAAUAAGGAAGCCUACUCACAUUGGAAUGGAUUUACCAUUUCGCUGGGAUGAGGUUGAAGAAUUUGUGAGGCAACCUGAUGGCUCUUUGUUUAGUUGGGCUGAGCGGUUCUGUUGCUUUCAGCACUUGAUUUAUGGAAUUGUUAACAGGACUGAGUCAAUUAUAACUCUAAGAUUUAAUGACAAAGAGUUUCAGUGGAAACUGGGGGAAUCUCUACUUACAAGAUUGGAAUGUGAAGGCAUUGUCAAACAGCUCUUUCCUUUGCAUGAUGAAUCAAAGAGGAAGCAUCUCUUGAAACAUUGGGCACUUAACUGGUUAGACUUUACACAGCAACCAAUUGAUGAGAUUUACUCAUACUUCGGCUCAAAGAUUGCCACAUAUUUUUCUUUUCUUGGAAUGUAUACACAGUGGAUGUUCUUUCCUGCUGCAUGUGGGCUUACUUUGCAGUUGAUUGACUUUGGAUCAUGGCAAUUAUGGGUACUUCCUGUUUUCUUCAUAAGCAUUAUUUCAUGGGCUGUACUACUAAUCCAGUUCUGGAAGCGCAAGAACUCUGCUCUUCAAUUCAGAUGGCAGAUGAACCAUUCAAUGGGUGAUAAUGUUCUGAACAAAGGGAAGAGUGACCUUCAAUCUGAUGUGGAACUUAUGAAGAAGUUGGGUAAUGAUAAAAGGAAACAAAAAGAAGCAUUUCAAAGAAAUGAGUGGUUUGGACAUCUACUGAGAUUCAGAAAUGAUGCUGUCAUUGUCUUGAGUAUUAUUUGUCUCCAGUUGCCGUUUGAGUUGGCAUAUGCACACAUAUACCAAGUUCUUGGAUCUGAUGUAAUGAAGUUCGCUCUGACAGCUGCUUAUCUUUUUGCCAUCCGGUGCUUCACAAAAAUUGGGGGCAAAGUUUCAGUCAAGCUCAUUAAAGAUGAAAACAAUAAAAGCACAGAAAUUAGGGCUGAUAGCUUGGUAUACAAGGUUUUUGGCCUUUAUUUUAUGCAAUCUUAUAUCGGUUUGUUCUAUCAUGCCCUUUUGCUCCAAAAUUUCAUGACCCUUCGCCAAAUUCUGAUUCAACGCCUGAUUGUGUCUCGUGUAUUGCAAAAUCUGAUGGAAAAUUCUAUUCCGUAUCUCAAAUACAGCUAUAAAAAAUGUAGAGCCAUCUACAAGAAAAAACACGAGAAGGUAUCAUCAACAGGGAAGAUCCAGAUGACCUCUAGAGUAGAGAAAGAGUAUCUGAAACCUGCUUACUCUGCAAGCACUGGAGAGGAAUUUGAAGAUGGUCUGUUUGAUGAUUUUCUGGAGUUGGCUUUGCAGUUUGGAAUGGUCAUGAUGUUUGCAUGUGCAUUUCCCCUUGCUUUCUCCCUCACUUUAUUGAACAAUAUUUCAGUUAUCAGAACAGAUGCAUUAAAGUUGCUUGUCAUGUUGAGGAGGCCUAUUCCUCGUGCGACUGCAACAAUUGGAGCAUGGCUAAAUAUAUUUCAGUUUCUGAUAGCGAUGUCAAUCUGCACCAACUGUGGGCUUUUGAUGUAUUUAUUCGAUCAGGAGGGCAAAUGGAGAAUUGAGCCAGGACUAGCAGUGAUUCUCAUCAUGGAGCACAUCCUCCUCCUUAUACAAUUUGGGUUCUCUCACUUUGUUCCAGAGGAACCUGCUUGGGUGAAAGCAAAUCGUGUAAAGAAUGCAACCCAGGCACAGGACAUUUGCUCUAAGCAACUUUUGAGUAAUUCGGGCGGAGAAAAGAAAAUAGAGUGAUGGGUGAGCGCUACAAAACCCAGAGAAACUUUGAUUCCUUCGUCGGCUUUGUCAGUCGGUAUAGAUACCUUAAAACCAACCUCAUCAAUGAUCGACAAACCUAUCAGACUAUAUUCUAAAUUGUGAAAUGUCAAAUAUCAAUCAUCUGUCUUUAUCAAGUAGAUAGAAUGUAUAUUAAGUGCUUGCCUCUACUUUGUAUGAAUCAUGUUUUUGAAAGGGAAAGUAAUCGAUAGCUUGGUGCAUUAUGGCGGAGGUUAGUCUUCUCUCUUUUUUUCCCAUUUGAGUUAUGGCUCUAAUACAGAUGUACUUUAGUUUGCAGUUCAAUAUAUACAAGGAGCAAAUUAUUCA